CAAGAUAAUUUUCAAAAGGGUGCACAUUAUUUCCUGGAGUGCACGUGUUUGAUAGCCACCCCGCUACCGCAAGAAUGCAGGCAGUACAUUCGGCCAUUCAGACGAGGACGAGGUAGGUUUUCUUAAUCGUAUCUUUGAUGCAAAGGCUAUGCACAGCUAGGAUAAAGCAACCAGUUUAGAGCGUUUCUCCGUUCUGGGGCGAUAAAUUAUACCAAGCACCGAUCAUCAUUCGCGCUAAUGGAUAACGAGAGCGAGAGAGUUAAAAAAUUUGUCCAGAACAGCACGCGAUCGAAGUGAGCGUCGGGAAGUUCAUCCGCCCUGCAGUGGGCAAGGGGUCCUCUCAGUCCAGCAUUCCAGCGACCUUAGCUGUCCUCCUCACUCGGUCGACCCGUUCGAGACGGUCAAACGAGUCGGAGGUGGACACCGCUGCCUUCCAUCUUCUGUCUGGCGGGGUGCGUUAAUUAAUGGCGGCACAACCUCCGAUCAGCCGGUCGGAGCACGGCCCUGCGAUAGCUCCCCGUGAGCAAAGCGUCUCGCGCAAGUUCGAGGCCGAGCACGCGCGGCUGGUGAGACGAAGAAGAUGAAGAAGGGGCACCAUGGCGGUGCACAACAUCCCGGCGGUGCUGGCCAUGCUGUUGUAUUUCCUCGUCAUCGUGUGCGUGGGCGUGUGGUCGGGCUGCAAGCUGCACGUCUUCAAGGAGGAUGGCCAGGUCUCGACGACGGACAUGCGCCGCAGGCGGCCGCACCAGAACCGCUUCCUGCACCGGCUGUUCCUGGCCGACAGGAACAUGUCGCUGACACUCGGCAUCAGCUCCAUGACAGCCACAUGGGUUGGAGGCGGCUACCUGAACGGCACUGCCGAGGCUGUCUACACAGACGGCGUCCUCUACUGCCACGCUCCGAUCGGUUACGCUAUCAGCCUCAUACUAGGCGGCUUCUUCUUCGCGCAAAAGAUGAGGACGGCGAACGCGGUGACGAUGCUGGACCCCUUCCAGGAGCAUUACGGCCGCUGGAUGGGGCUGCUGCUGUGCCUGCCGGCCCUGUGCGGCGAGGUACUCUGGACGGCCGCCGUGUUGGCCGCGCUGGGUGACACGGCAGGCGCCGUGAUGGAAGUGGACUCGCACAUCUUCAUCAUCAUUGCCGCGACGACCAUAUUAUUUUACACCGCGCUGGGAGGCCACUACUCCGUCGUCUACACUGACGUCUUCCAGAUAUGCACCACGGCUGUAUUCCUGUGGGUGUGCGUGCCGUUCGUCCUGAAAAGCCGCGGCGUGGGAACUGUGUCCGGUCCCCAGACCGACUGGCUCGGCCACAUUCCGAUGGCGAACGUCGGCCAGCUGCUCGACGCCUUUCUUAUGACCGCUCUCGGAGGCAUCCCGUGGCAGGUCUAUUUUCAAUGCAUACUGGGCUGCAAGAGCGACUUCGCCGCCCAGGUGCUUUCCUAUGUGGCCGCCAUAGGAUGCGUCUUCAUGGCCUUGCCACCGAUGAUCAUCGGAGCAGCAGCUAAGACGACAAACUUCACGGCAGCGGGCUACCCGGGCCCGUGGCAGCUGAGCGACAAGUCCAGCGUGUUGCCGCAGUCGAUCCGCUACCUGACUACGCCCGUGGUCUCCAUCAUGGGCAUGCUGGGCAUCACGGCGGCCGUCAUGUCGUCCGCCGACUCGUCCAUGUUCAGCGCCUCCGCCAUGGUCACCAAGAACGUCUACCACGUGCUCAUACGGCCGGACGCGUCCGAGACGGAGGUGGCCGUGAUUUUGCGAAUCGCGAUCUGCUUGAUCGGCUCCACGGCCACCUUCCUGGCACUGUCGGUGCAUUCGGUGUUCGAACUGUGGACACUGUGCUCGGACGUGGUGUACGUGCUCCUCUUCCCGCAGUUCGUGUGCAUCUUCUACCUCAAGGACUCCAACACCUAUGGCUCUAUCAUAGCGUUCGUGCUGGGUGCCUACUCGCGCUGGUUGUGCGGCGAGCCGACCGCGGGCUCGACGACGUCGACACGCGUGCAACCGCACGAGCCCGAGCGGGUCCAGCAGUUUCCUUUCCGGCUGGCCUGCAUGGUGCUAAGCCUCGCCGCGCUCGUCAUCGGCUCGCUGGUGUCCGCCAUGGCGUUCGAGAAGCACUGGCUGCCGCCGCACUGCGACGUGUUCGGCUGCUUCCGCGCGCCGCAACACGGAGAGGGUUCAAGCCGACGCGACGGCAAGCUCUGGACCAGACCCGAAGUCACCGAGUACGAGCAGACCAUCAAGACAGGUGCGGAGAGCGUCAGGUCGGAGCUGAGCGAGCACUCGCAGAUGCCUGCCGGGAGGUCGCGCGCGACGAGCGAGGCCGUCUUAGAGACGUCCGGCAAGAGCGAUCGCAGCCAGAGAACGACGGGCUCGAAGAGGUCGGGCUCGAGGAGACGACGCAAGUCUAGGGCUGCUGCGGCUUCCGCAAGGACGCCCGAGACGAGCAACAGGGGUGGCCACGUCGGCAAGCAUCGGCAGCACCACGCCAAGAAGGCAAUCAACGAAACGCACAUGACCGUCAAGGAGGCGGAGAUAUCCGGCUCCUCUCGGAGGGGGCGCCAUGGCAGCAGGCUCCGGCACAAAUAGUGCCUGCGGGGGAGCGAACGAGCGGGCGCGGUUUCUUCCUGGACUAUACGGUUCCUCGAUGCCAGCGCGGUAGCACAUCCCCCGUCCUGGACCGGGACCAUGCUGCGCCGCCUGCACCGCAGUACCAAGGACGGUCGCACCCGGUCCUGGGGCGAAAUCGUGCUUAACCGCAGCAUGGCAUCAGGACCAAGGAAGGCCUCGCUCGCCGUUGAGCUUCGCCGUCUUCUUCUUAAUAUGUGUUUGUGUGUGCGAGAAGCCGGAUGUGUGUGUGUGUUGCGCCGGGUAACCGGGGUAGUAAAUCGACAGCGAGUUCAUAGCGAAGACACUGGCGACGCGCUUGCCACAAGUGCGGAGGACACUGACGAUGGUUCGGCGAACCAAAGUACGGUCGCCAGGCACAUUCGUCUGGUGGAAACGUUAGUUCAGCGAGAACUCCCGUAUGUCUGGGACGACGACGGCCUGGGCAGGACGCUUUCUUCCAGCACGCAUUCGGUGGUGCAAACGUGGCUACCAAGAUCGCGCAUGCGCACCUCUGAGGCCACGGUACAAGCUGCCAGGGAGGCUUGCCCUUUGUGCCGACUUGGCUGGUUAAGGGGAAGAAUGGGCCGCGUGACUGGAAGCCAGGACGUCAAUCAAUUGAGCUAAAUUAGCUGUAAACUUGGCAUGCUGAACUGUGCAGGUUUCUGCAGGCACGGGACAGCCAAACGCUGUGCCUGUUUUAUAUAUGGUCAACGUUAAUAAUUGCGUGUUAUUUGAAAUGAAUACCUAAGCGAAAAGUCUAGUCUUCUAGUUACUAAACUUUCGCUUAAAGCAUGGUCCCAAUUGGGGCGCCUGAAAAACAUCGGCUCGGUUAUUCACAAGGCUGUUUCAAACAUUGGAAAAUCACUUUGUACAUGCAUAGGAGUCGCCUCAUCCAGCUGUCUGGCUUGGUAUAUAGAUGAAGUGGUCCAACGCAAAAAAAAAAAGCAAUGAGUAUCUGGCGACUCUUUUAUACAUUACUCAUAUUAGAGUGGAGUGCGGUUACAAUCAUCUCGCACGUGUAAUUGCACAAACGUAUUAUCGCUAAUUCGCUCCCCUAUCGUCAUUGUACAAAUGUUUACCAUUGCAAACGUACUACAACGGGAUGUGCGAGAAUCCUUAAAACUGGAGUUUAGGGGACCGCCAAUUAUCGCCCGCACAAAGGAGCUGCUGGCACUCUAUUGCUUGUAGGCUUAGGCGGACGUGUAAUGCGCUGCAAUAUACGUUUCUGCUCUUUUCUCCCGCAAACCACAAAUAGACAACGUAAGACGUCGCUUCAUAUUUCUACGCGUCUGUCCAAACGGAUAUACCUGCUGGUGAGUUCUUCAGUAUAAGGCCGCUGACCUAGCAGCACAUGCUGCUGUGCAUGCAGAUCAGCAGGUGAGCUGCUCAGGUGCCUUAACAUUUUCAACGUGCCCGAUGCAUCUGCGGUCUCUACUCGUGUGCUCCCUCCGUCUGAAGGUCUAACCGGUGAAGCAAUAAAAUGUUGCAGCAUGCCACGAGGCGAUCGACGAACAAACUUAUUUGUGCUCGUCGUCGGAGCUAUGUGUGUGCGUUUGUGCAGUCCUUGCAUUGGCUUGCACGUGCUUCACCGCGAAUUACUUUCGCUGGAGGAGUUCAUGUUUUCUACAGUGUAGGCACAGUGCGCGGUGCUUUACUUCGCGGUGAAUAAAAUGCCCCUUUGGUUACGGUAUUCGAAAAUGCGAAGCGCGUAUAAAAACGAAGGCCAU